GCGUGGUUGACAAUGACCAAAUCAUACCAUAACAUAGCAACAAACUUGUCUUGAUUUGCCUUUUCUUUCCCAGCUACAAUCUUUUUCCUAAAAAUAGCAUUGUGGGGUAUUGUAGAAAUAAAUGGAGAAUCCAUCGGAGUGGGGCGGAGGGAGAGGGAAAAGGGUGGUGGUGAUAGGCGGAGGAGUAGCUGGUUCCCUCAUUGCCAAGUCCCUUCAGUUCGAUGCUGAUUUAACCCUUAUUGAUCCGAAGGAUUAUUUGGAGAUACCAUGGGCAAGCUUAAGAGCAAUGGUAGAGCCUUCUUUCGCUGAGAGAUCAGUGAUCGACCACAAAGAUUACCUCGCCAAUGGGCGUCUCAUUGUUUCCAAAGUCACUAAUAUCACCAACAAAGAAGUCUUGACUGCAGACGGACGUCAAGUUGCCUAUGACUAUCUUGUCGUAGCCACCGGCCACUAUGAUCCCCUGCCCAUUACUAGAACUGAUAGACUGGAAGAGUAUCGAUCAGAAAAUGAGAAGAUAAAAGCAGCUGACUCUAUAUUGAUUGUUGGUGGUGGACCUGUUGGGGUUGAACUUGCAGCAGAAAUCGCGGUCGACUUUCCUGAGAAGAAGGUAACUCUGGUGCAUAAUGGAUCCAGGUUGCUAGAGUUCAUUGGACCAAAAGCAGCUGACAAGACUUUAGAAUGGUUGAAAUCUAAGAAUGUGGAAGUGAAAUUGAUGCAAUCUGUAGAUUUGAGUGAUAACACCUCAGAUGGAAACAAAACAUAUUUCACUUCAUCCGGAGAAACUAUCAAAGCAGAUUGCCAUUUUCUUUGCACAGGAAAACCACCAGCUUCAGAAUGGUUAAGGGAAACGUAUUUGAAGGACCGAAUGGAUAACUUUGGAAGGUUAAAAGUUGAUGAAAACCUUAGAGUCAAGGGUCAUAGAAACAUAUUUGCCGUUGGAGAUAUCACUGAUAUUAAGGAACUUAAACAAGGAUAUUCAGCUCAGAAGCAUGCUGUAGUGGCGGCGAACAACUUGAAACUAUUGAUGAGUGGAAAGGAAAGCAAACUUGCAACUUAUGAGCCUAAGUCAGCCAAGAUUAUUGUUUCAUUAGGAAGGCAGGAUGCAGUGGCUCAAUUCUCAUUCACAACUAUCAUUGGAUUAGUUCCCGGGAUGAUCAAAUCAAAGGAUUUAUUCGUGGGGAAAACGAGGAAGAAAAUGGGGCUUCCUCCCAAGUAAUAUUGUUCAUUCAUGAGAUUCGGAUCAUUCUGGCUGUAAGAAAAUGUUGCUUUUUUUUUUUUUUUUUUCCUUUCAUGGCCGAAACUCAAGUUCUUCUACUACGUUUUGCAGUAGAAUGUGCAUAAUAGUUCAAUUUUUUUCUGGCUCUGCUAUAAAUAUGAGAUAUCUGUUGAGUAUAAGAUGCAGUAGUCCUUCUUUAUGUUGGCUUGUUAUUUUCUA